AUGUCUUCUUCUUCUAGCUCUUCCGUGACCCAACCCAAAAAAUGCAAUGACACUAUCGUGGCCAUGGAGAAGGCAAGGGAGAGCCAAGAUGUGUCUUCUGCAAGCUCUUCAGCGCCCCAACCAGAAAAACCCAAUGACAUUACUGUGGCUGUGGACGAGAAUCCGGGACAAGGGUCUCGUCGAGAAGUUGUAUCUGAGAGGAGGAGUGAGAACCCUAGUGCUGUCCCAAGAGGAAGUGAGAAUAUCAUGCAGCGUUACCCACCAAAAUCUAGUAAGAUCUACACUUGUAACAUUUGCAAAACAGGGUUCCCAACAAUUCAAGCCCUAGGUGGUCACCAGAACGCGCACAAGCUGGAGAGAGAGUGGGAAAAGAAGAGGAAGGCUAUGGAAAAAGAAUUCCCCGGGUUCGCAUUUUUGAACCCUAAAAUAGACAAUUCUCAUUUGUUUUUCUUAGGUGGCUAUUCAGAAGAUGCUUUAUCAAAUGAUAAUCAUCUUGGGAUCCCUGAUGAAUCUUUCAAACGCAGAUUAAUUAACGGUGUUUAUCCAUACUUCAACUACGGAUUCUCGGACAUGAACGUUGCCGUGGUUCCUCGCAUGCCUCCUACUCACUUCUUCGGAGGAAACCCUUUCACCUACGGGUCUUAUCCAGGAGGAUUUGGGCCUAGACCCCCUUACAACACCUACCACUCGAUGCUCCCUAGAAACGUUCCUCCUUUUUGGACCAGCAAUCCUCCUAGCGGUUUGUAUCCGCAACGGAAUGUAUUGAACGAGGAGGAUGUUGUCUUAAAGCUAGGAAAUGACAAUAUUGUGGUGAUUGUUGAUGAUGAUGAUGAUGAUGUUGCUGCUGGUCAGCCACAAGAAGGGACAUCUAAGAGCUGGGGCGCUGAUUUAUCUCUUUGA